UCUCCGUAGAAAUACUACCCGCCGGACUUCGAUCCUGCUAAGAUCCCAAAGCUCAAACUCCCAAAGGACCGACAGUAUGUGGUGCGGCUCAUGGCCCCCUUCAACAUGCGAUGCAAGACCUGUGGUGAAUACAUCUAUAAAGGCAAGAAGUUUAAUGCCCGUAAGGAGACUGUUCAGAAUGAGGUGUACCUGGGACUUCCCAUCUUCCGCUUCUACAUCAAGUGCACGCGUUGCCUGGCAGAGAUCACUUUCAAGACAGAUCCCGAGAACACAGACUACACCAUGGAGCACGGUGCAACUCGCAACUUCCAAGCUGAGAAGCUCUUGGAGGAAGAGGAGAAAAGAAUGCAGAAGGAGAGGGAAGAGGAAGAGCUCAACAAUCCCAUGAAGGUCCUGGAGAACCGAACCAAGGACUCCAAGCUGGAGAUGGAGGUUCUGGAGAACCUGCAGGAGCUGAAGGAACUCAACCAGCGCCAGGCAAACGUAGACUUUGAGGCAAUGCUGAAGCAGUACAAGGAGUACGAGGAGCAGCAGAAGCGCAAGGAGCAAGAGGAGGAUGAGGAAGAGAUGAACACCCCGAGGGGGCCCUGCCUGAGGGGCCUGAGUUCGCAGGAGUUGUACGGGUGGGAUGUCGUCCUGAGCGGGCUGGGAGGAGAUCGGGGACAGUUUGUUGUGACAAAGCGCGCGGUGCACGGCCGGCACCGCCCGGCACGGCGGUGGUCUGACUCCGACGAAGAACCUGCAAAAUCACGUACGAAGCCUGUGGCGAAAAUUAAACCUACGGAUAUCUUGCAGGAGGACCCUCAGCCCCAGAAUAAGAAGCUGAAGACCGAGAGCUGGGAACGGAGCGUGGGCAAAUUGAACACCAAGCCCCAGUUAGCCGGGCUGGUCACAGUGAGGAAGCAGAAGCCGGGUCCUGCCCUGACUAAUGGGACAGAGAACCGAGGCGCCACGGCCGACACCGGCUCGUUUCCCACAGCAACGGGCACCACGUCCUCUCUCAGCUUGUUGGGGGCGUAUUCGGACAGCGAGGACGGCGCGAGUGACUGA